CAACCUGCACCAGAAGAACGGCUUCACCUGCAUGCUCAUCGGGGAGAUCUUCGAGCUCAUGCAGUUCAUCUUCGUCGUGGCUUUCACCACCUUCCUCAUCAGCUGCGUCGACUAUGACAUUCUUUUCGCCAACAAAGCAGUGAAUCACAGCCAGCACCCCAGUGAGCCCAUUAAGGUGACGCUGCCGGAUGCCUUCCUGCCUCCGAACGUCUGCAGUGCGAGAAUCCAGGCAAACAGCUUCCUCAUCUGCAUCCUGGUGGUUGCYGGAGUGUUCUGGAUCCACCGACUCAUCAAAUUCAUCUACAACAUUUGCUGCUACUGGGAAAUUCACUCCUUCUACAUCAAUGCCCUCAAAAUCCCCAUGUCCAACCUGCCCUACUACACGUGGCAGGAGGUGCAGGCCCGCAUCGUGCAGAUCCAGAAGGAGCAUCAGAUCUGCAUCCACAAGAAAGAGCUGACRGAGCUGGACAUCUACCACCGCAUCCUGCGCUUCAAGAACUACAUGGUGGCCAUGGUGAACAAGUCUCUGCUGCCCAUCCGCUUCCGCCUGCCCUUCCUGGGAGACACUGUCUUCUACACGCGCGGGCUCAAGUAUAACUUCGAGCUCAUCUUYUUCUGGGGGCCGGGUUCGCUCUUCGAGAACGAGUGGAGCCUGAAGUCCGAAUACAAGCGAGCUGGGAACCGCCUGGAGCUGGCUGAGAAGCUCAGCACUCGCAUCCUUUGGAUUGGCAUCGCCAACUUCCUCCUCUGCCCCCUCAUCCUCAUCUGGCAGAUCCUCUACGCUUUCUUCAGCUACACGGAGAUCCUGAAGCGGGAGCCGGGCAGCCUGGGCGCCCGCUGCUGGUCUCUCUACGGCCGCUGUUACCUCCGGCACUUCAACGAGCUGGACCAUGAGCUGCAGUCGCGCCUCAGCAAGGGCUACAAGCCAGCUUCCAAGUACAUGAACUGCUUUAUCUCGCCGCUCCUCACCAUCGUGGCCAAAAACGUGGCCUUCUUUGCUGGCUCCAUCCUGGCCGUGCUCAUUGCUCUCACCAUCUACGAUGAGGACGUGCUGGCAGUGGAGCACGUGCUGACUACGGUCACCCUGCUUGGCGUGGGCAUCACGGUGUGCAGAUCCUUCAUUCCUGACCAGCACCUGGUGUUUUGCCCGGAGCAGCUGCUGCGGGUCAUCCUGGCGCACAUCCACUACAUGCCUGACCACUGGCAGGGCAAUGCCCACCGCUACGAGACGCGGGACGAGUUUGCCCAGCUCUUCCAGUACAAAGCGGUCUUUAUCCUGGAGGAACUCCUGAGCCCUAUCAUUACUCCCCUGAUCCUUAUCGCCUGCCUGCGACCCAAGUCCUUGGACAUCGUGGACUUCUUUCGCAACUUCACCGUGGAGGURGUGGGUGUGGGUGACACCUGCUCCUUUGCCCAGAUGGACGUGCGCCAGCACGGCCACCCGGCGUGGAUGUCGGCGGGAAAGACGGAGGCCUCCAUUUACCAGCAGGCGGAGGACGGCAAGACGGAGCUGUCCCUCAUGCACUUUGCCAUCACCAACCCCAAGUGGCAGCCGCCCCGCGAGAGCACGGCCUUCCUGGGCCUCCUGAAGGAGCGCGUGCACCGGGACAGCAGCGUGGCGCUGGCGCAGCACGCCGUGCUCCCCGAGAACGCCCUCUUCAGCUCCAUCCAGUCCCUGCACUCCGAGUCCGAGCCUCACAGCCUGAUUGCCAACGUGAUAGCAGGCUCCUCAGCUCUGGGCUUUCACRUGGGCCGCGAGGGACAGGCCUCCCGCCAUCUCUCUGAGGUGGCCUCGGCCCUGCGUUCCUUCUCCCCGCUCCAGUCUGCCCAGCAGCCCCCCAGCAGCUUCCAGGCAGGGGGACGAGAUGGAGAGGGAGCCCAGCCGCGGGGUGCCAGUGCCAUGACGGUCUCUGGUGCUGAUGCGAGGACCGUGAGCUCGGGGAGCAGCGCCUGGGAGGGGCAGCUGCAGAGCAUGGUGCUGUCGGAGUACGCGUCCACCGAGAUGAGCCUGCACGCGCUCUACAUGCACGAGUUGCACAAGCAGCAAACCCAGCUGGAGCCCGAGCGGCACACUUGGCACCGGCGAGAGAGCGAUGAGAGCGGCGAGAGCGCCCACGAGGAGCUGGAGGUUCAGCGGGGGGCCKCUGUGCCCAUCCCUCGCUCCGCCAGCUACCCCUUCUCCUCGCCGCGGCAGCCCGCCGAGGAGACGGCCACGCUGCAGACCGGCUUCCAGCGGCGAUACGGUGGCAUCACGGACCCCGGCACGGUGCACAGAGCCCCCUCACACUUCUCCCGCCUCCCACUCGGAGGCUGGGCUGAAGAUGGGCAGCCAGCGAGACACCCGGAGCCCGUGCCAGAGGAGAGCUCGGAGGAUGAGCUGCCACCACAGAUCCACAAGGUGUAGCCUUGUAGACUGGGGAUCUCGGGGUCGCAGACUGGGAGCCGCCUGGGCAGCAGGAUGUGGCGUCAGGCUGAUUCUUCUCCCGUCCCAAGGGGACAGGGUGAUCCUGGGCUUCGUUUUGCUGCCAUCAAUUGCCGAAGAGACAAACCUGCCAGGCGAGCGGCUUUGCGGUGGCGCUUUGUGCAGCCGUGUGUCAAGUCGACGCCACUCUGACUCUUGCGGGGUGGAUGCGUGUGUGAGUACAUGCGUGUGUCUGUGUUCACCUCUGUGUCGUCCGUGUCGGAGGAUCGCCCGGAGCCUGCGGACGCCGACGGGAUGGCGCCGGGGAGCUGUGGACUCGCUCGGAGGCGGCCGCUGCCCGUCGAAGGCGCGCGAGAAGGCAGCAGCUCCAGACACGCACCCUGAGCUGGGACCUGCCUCCAGAGGGAGGGCAGGGAGCUGGGGACCCCCGGGCACGGCCACCUGUGUCGAGAGGUGGCGAGAGGAGCUGGCUGGUCCUGCGGUGGUGCUGGCGGCGUGACUGCCCUGCCAGAGCCUUGGGGAGGUGCCCGGUGCUGCGCUGCCCCUCCAGGGAGGAGCAACCUUGUGCCCCUCGGUCUGGAGCCAGCUGACAGCGGGGCAGUCCCCCUGCUCCGUGCACACACGCACUGCCCAGCUCCCUGACGAGGAGGAGCGGGACCCACUGCCACGGGUGUGAGUGGGGAGGCAGAGGCGGCGGGCCUUGCUCUCACUGGGAGCUGGGGAUGCUGCAGCUCGUCCCCAGCCCCCGUGACAGCUGCCCGGCCCCUGGCACRCCAGGAAGGGGCUGCAGAGAUGGGAGACUCUUGUCCCUGACAUUUCUCCCGUCUGGCAGCCUCUGUGCCAUAUCUCUGAGCUGGGGCCGCUUGCGCCCUGGUGCCCGUGGGACGUGGGCUGCUAGCAGGGCACGUGUGCAAUGCCAAAGAGACCUUGGGGUGCUCCAGCCUGGCUUSUCCUGGGGGCUCGUGCAGCCCAGUGGAGCCCACCCUGAAGGCCUUGUGCUCUGUGUCGGAUUGAAUCCCUUCCCCCAGGUGUUAUAAAAGUCUCUUCCUUAUGCCUGACCCGUCUCAUACAUUCAGUCUGUCUUCCUGAUGUGGCCAUUUCUGUGGUAUUGGGGCUUUCCUCCUGCCCCGACAAGGACUU